GCUGCCAUGACACAGUGGAUGCUGCACAGGAUCACCUCCUACAGCAUCAUCGGAGAGCGGACCUACAUCCUCCUUGUUAUCCCCUCUCUUUCUCAUAUUUCCUCCACCUUUGCCUCUUAUUUUCUCACUACCGUCCUUUCCCCGUGUCACCCUCUCCUCUCCUCGGGCAGCCUUCUGAGGCACACAGGGGAAGACCUUCAGUGGAAAUAGCGGCGACGGCAGCAGUCAAACUGGUAGUAUUCUUAACUUCUCCAUCCCACCGGCUCGCUACCUCAUUUUCCUCUAUUCCCCCCCCCGGCCUGCUGGUUACCCAGGAUGCCUUGUUCCAAGCCCCUCCGCUAGGCCCUAGCAGCAUGGGCGGAGCCUGGGUAGGAAGCGAGAGAACGGAUUGGACCCUUCCACUCAGGACGGGCACGCUGGCGGGUCACUCUCCCUCAGCUUCAGAUGGGCGAAGACGCUGAGAGCCCCAAGAUCAACCACACCUUCCUGCGAGACUAUGUCACUGAAGCUGAUGUUAUCUCCACGGUGGAAUUCAACCAGACAGGGGACCUGCUGGCCACAGGGGAUAAAGGUGGCCGUGUGGUCAUCUUCCAGAGAGAAACUGAGUCUAAAGGUCAGUCCGAGGAGGUGGGGGAGACUGGGGACUCCGGAGAGUACAACGUCUACAGCACCUUCCAGAGUCACGAGCCAGACUUUGACUAUCUAAAGAGCCUGGAGAUUGAAGAGAAAAUCAACAAGAUAAGAUGGCUACCCCAACAGAAUGCGGCACAUUUUCUCCUGUCCACCAAUGAUAAGACCAUUAAACUGUGGAAGGUGAGUGAGAGGGACAAGAGACCGGAAGGAUACAACCUGAAAGACGAGGAGGGCCGGCUCAAAGACAUUUCAACCAUCACAUCUCUGCAGGUGCCAGUACUGAAACCAACAGAUCUGAUGGUCGAGGUCCGCCCCAGACGAGUGUUUGCCAAUGGACACACUUACCAUGUCAACUCCAUCUCAGUCAACAGUGAUGGGGAGACGUACUUAUCUGCUGAUGACCUCCGUAUCAAUAUGUGGCACCUGGGUAUCACCGACCGCAGCUUCAACAUUGUGGACAUAAAGCCAGCAAACAUGGAGGAUCUCACAGAGGUGAUAACAGCAGCCGAGUUCCACCCUCAACACUGUCACCUAUUUGUGUACAGCAGCAGUAAGGGCACCCUGCGCCUCUGUGACAUGAGAGCCUCUGCACUCUGUGACAAACACACCAAAUUGUUUGAGGAACCAGAAGAUCCUGGGAGCCGCUCCUUCUUUUCUGAGAUCAUCUCCUCUGUGUCAGAUGUCAAGUUCAGCCACAGUGGACGCUACCUGCUGACCAGAGACUACCUCACCGCCAAGGUGUGGGAUCUGAACAUGGACAAGGGCCCCGUGGAGACGUACCAAGUCCAUGAAUACCUAAGGAGUAAGCUGUGCUCCCUCUAUGAGAACGACUGCAUCUUUGACAAGUUUGAGUGUGUUUGGAACAGCUCAGACAGCGUGAUCAUGACCGGCGCGUACAACAGCUUUUUCCAGAUGUUUGACAGGGAGACGGGGCGAGGCGUGACUCUCGAGGCCUGGCGGGAGAGCAGCAAGCCCCGUGCCGUGUUACGUACCCGUCGCGUUUACACUGGUGGUAAACGCCGACGUGGAGAUGUGGGCGUUGAUAGCUUGGACUUCAGCAAGAAAAUCCUACACAUGGCUUGGCACCCAUCCGAGAAUAUCAUCGCCAUAGCGGCUACCAACAACCUGUACAUCUUCCAGGACCGUGUCAACCCAGAGGCACAGGCGCAGUGACAGGAAUAGGAAUGAAGUGGACAGUGGACAAAUAUCCAUUUUGCUUAUACUGCCACAAAUGCAGAGUGAGACUUGGAGGUGAGCUUCUAACGACGCUAAUAAUAAGACAUUUCUUUCUGUGUGUCUCCUACCUGUGAGGGCAUAUUUUUGGUCCCGUCCACUUUUUGUAAAAGAGGUGCAGGGACACCUCUCUACAAAGACCUCGCAAUGUUGACUCCUCACUUUGACAAGAUUGGACAAAGUGCACUGGGUAUGAGGAUUGUUCGGUCCCACGAAAAGAUGGUAUGUGUUCAGAGGUAUCCAAUAGCCACAGCUGUGACAGUGGUGAUCUUAUUUGUACAUUUUUUGUUGUUGUUGAAAAUAGCAGCAAAACCUCUCUCCUUUAGAGCAGCGCUCUUUGAGAUUGCGUGCAUUAAGCGACCCAUUAUCAUAUUCACUUUGCAAUAAUAGCACUUAAAAACACAGAGCAGCAGUAGUAUCUGCUUUACGACAUGAGCUCUUCUGCAGGUAACAAACGUAUACACUCUUUUUACUGUAUGCUGUAAAUAGUCAGUGUUAUUUUUUAAGUCACUACUACAACGUUUGUUUCUAGGGAAUGUAAAAGAGAUUGUGAAAUACAAAAAAAAAUGAGGGUUAAAGAAGGAAGGCACUAAUCCAGAAUAAGACGGAGGAGUUUUGGUAUGCUGGUUAUACAAAAUAUGCACAAAUCUAAUGUAUUGUAGAGCUUUGCUGUGUUGGGCUUGUGUUGAGUUUUAAACUGCUGCUAUUCCAAAGUAUUCUAAAAUUCUAAAAGUAAAAGCAAUUUUAAAUAGUCAGGUAUAGACAGACGUAUUUAUUUAAUAUAACAAAUACCCACAUUAAGCCUGAUCAAAUUCUAAACAGGCUCAAGUCCCACUGUACUUUGAAUGAGUUUGAUUACAAUCAUGAAAUACAAGCACACAGUGCAUUAAUAAGACCCCUGGUGCAGCUAACUAAUGUUAUGAGGACUGAGAUUCAGUGUGCAUGAAGGUCAAAGUUCAUCAUCAACGCCAUAGCUCAAAGAUAAAUAAUGUAUCUUGCUGAAGUGUCUUUGCCAUUGAAGCAAUACCAUGUAAAUGUGUCAUUGACGGCUGUUAUUGAUCAUUACACGCAAUACCUCACAUGCUUGGCUGGGGUGCACCACUGAAAGCCACAAUGUACAGUAAGGUGUAGUUUGUAAGGUGACGUGUAUUGGACUGAACUGUGUGACCUGGUCAUACGUUGAUUGUUUACAGUGUCGUUUUUAAGUGACCUUGGCCCCAAUGGGACUCUUGUAAGUGGUUUUUGGAAUGUGCGAUGGUGUCAGUGCACAGUCGGAAUGGCUCAUAUUGGUAAUAAUCUUAUCUCAUGGCACAGAUUGUGUAAACAUUAUGUUUAUGUUGUAAGAAAUCACCUGUUAAGCUUGUCUACAUUCUCCUCACUCUUCACAGGCAUUUAAGCUACCUUGGCUGCACAUCUUGGAUUAAUUGGCUUGACAAUCCACAAUGACAGAGCGCCACAAGAAAAAGUUUACAUCAUAGGAAAACAUUAUAUAAGUUUCAGCACUUGUAUCUGAGAGACAGUCAGUUGUUAUCACAUCACUAUAGACAAACAAAGAGAGGAUUCGUGUUCAGGAGUGCAGCAGCAGCAUGUUGCCACCACUCAAUGCUACUCGAGUGUAUAUCUAUAAUAUCUAUAAAAAAGUAACUUUAAUGAUUCAAAAAACAAAAAUAUGAAUGAAGGAAUGUGCAUUAAUAAAAUGAUUCAAUCUGACAAAAUGGACUGAUAUCCUUUCUAUGGGUUUUAAAGUGCUCAUGACACACACAAAAAAACCUCAAUAACAAAAUGAAAGUACUCACUUAAUAAAACUUUUUGUCAUACUGCUGUUAUCCGCCAGUAAACAACUGUAAAAUACAAGUGAAAUGAAGUUGUGAUUUUCAGACGCCCCCCACUGAGUUUUCUGUAGCUUUUUGCACAACCAUAACACAAUAAUAACAUUCACUGAUAUCGUGUUGUGAUGAAUAUGAUAUAACACGCAAAAAAUCGGCCACAACAGAUAUGUUGGCACUGUCACUGCCAGCUCUAUGCAGACUGCAAGAUACAAGACCAGUGGGCAACGAUUGCUGUUUAGCUAGCCCUGGCAUAAAAACCCACUCACUCACGCUAAGAUUGAAAAAUAUUAUGAAUUUACUUACUGUGGAACCACAAGCGAGCACAAAUAUUAAGCAGAAAUGGAAAAAAAGAAAAGCCCUGGCAGAUGGCUAUUGCAACAAGACCGAAGUUAUUUGUAUCUAAUGUCACUGUGAUUUGAGUUGUCACGGAGUACGUCGACUUGCCAGAGAGAAGCGGCUGUGGUAAGGCACUGAAGCACUGCCGGUAUUUUUUAUUGUCAUUUAUACGGUGGUACGUUGGCAUAAGACUGUGAGCAGUCUCUGUGCUGAUUUUUUCCUUUGAAUUGCGAGCUAAAAUUUUGGUACGAGCUGGUACUUAACGGCAGCAGAGGACA